AUGGCGAUGCAGGACGACAAAGUCACGCCCAGACAUCAGUCAAUGGCCGAGGUGCUGAAAGACCUGGAGGUGCACGAGUGGACGGUGCACUGGAAAAGUUCCUGUGCAAAGAAGGCACGGCGGCGCGAAGUGGCACAGAUGCAGGACGAGCGCUUGCCGCAAGGUCAGAAAUCUGCCUCCGCUGGCCAUCGGAUGAUUUGCAGAUUUCCUUUAGGCACGACACCUCUAGUUUGUACUUCUAGAGUAUGA